ACAAGAGAAGAAGAACAGAAGAGAAGAGGAAGAGGAAGAAACUCGUUCUCAGAAGAGGAACUGCAAAAUAAUGGUAGAGACGACCCAACAACCUCCACAGGUGGUGCCACCACCUCCAUUAGUUGCGGGACCAAGAGCGUUUCCUCCAGCAGAGCAGCUUCACCAGCUUCACUACUGCAUCCACUCUAAUCCUUCAUGGCCGGAAGCGGUCCUUCUGGCUUUCCAACAUUAUAUUGUGAUGCUAGGAACUACGGUCAUGAUUUCAUCCCUUAUUGUUCCUCAAAUGGGUGGAGACAAUAAAGAUAAAGCCCGUGUGAUUCAGACAUUGCUAUUUAUGGGGGGAAUCAAUACACUUCUUCAAACAUUUCUUGGGACGCGACUUCCUACAGUGAUGAGUGCAUCUUCUGCAUAUGUGAUACCAGUUAUGUCAGUUAUCAAUGAUUUCUCUAAUAGUGUCUUCACAAAUGAGCAUGAGAGAUUUGUUCAUACUGUGAGAGCUAUUCAAGGGUCUCUGAUUGUCUCUUCUUUUCUUAAUAUCAUAAUCGGGUACAGCAAGGCAUGGGGGAAUUUUACAAGGUUCUUCAGUCCUGUUGUUAUUGUUCCAGUGGUCUGUGUUGUGGGUCUUGGUCUGUUUGGGAGGGGCUUUCCCCGGGUUGCUGACUGCAUUGAAAUUGGUCUGCCCAUGCUAAUUCUAUUGGUUAUCUGCCAGCAAUAUUUGAAGCAUGUUCAUGAGAGCACACAUUCCCUACUUGAGAGGUUUGCCUUGCUUUUCUGCAUUGCAAUUAUCUGGGCUUUUGCUGCUAUCCUUACUGUUGGUGGUGCUUACAAUGGUGUCCGUGAGCAGACUAAGAUAAACUGCCGCACUGACCGUUCUUACCUAAUGUCAUCAGCUCCUUGGAUUAGAAUUCCAUACCCUUUUCAGUGGGGUGCACCCAUUUUCCGUGCCAGUCAUAUCUUUGGCAUGAUGGGAGCAGCACUUGUUUCAUCAGCUGAGUCAACUGGAACAUAUUUCGCUGCUGCACGUUUUGCAGGAGCUACACCACCUCCAGCACAUGUCCUUAGUCGAAGCAUUGGCCUGCAGGGUAUUGGCACGCUGCUUGAUGGGAUAUUUGGUGCUGCUUUUGGUACUAGCGCAUCCGUUGAAAAUGUUGGCCUUCUUGGAUUGACACAUGUAGGGAGCCGGAGAGUAGUCCAGAUAUCAACUACAUUCAUGAUCUUCUUCUCAAUAUUUGGGAAGUUUGGGGCCUUUUUUGCAUCGAUUCCGUUGCCAAUAUUUGCUGCUGUAUACUGUGUUCUAUUUGGACUUGUUGCUGCGGUUGGAAUUUCAUUUAUUCAGUUCACCAACAAUAACUCCAUGAGAAAUCUCUACAUCUUGGGUCUCUCUCUCUUCCUGGGAAUAUCCAUUCCUCAGUAUUUUAGUGAUUACACUGCUUCGGAUGGGCAUGGACCAGUCAAAUCACCCGGAGGAUGGUUCAAUGACAUAUUGAAUUCAAUAUUCUCAUCACCUCCAACUGUGGCAAUGAUUAUUGGGACGCUGCUUGAUAAUACACUCGAUGCCGGGCGUGCAGCUGAAGACAGAGGACUGCCUUGGUGGGUGCCCUUCCAGAAUAGGAAGGGAGAUGUCAGAAAUGAAGAGUUCUAUAGCCUUCCCCUUAGAAUACAUGAGUAUAUUCCCACCAGAUUUCUCUAAGUACUAACACAUCCUUGUACAUCUGUUACUUUAGUUAUGAUUGAAAUCUUAGUCUCUGUUAACAUUUAACAAUAUAUGAAGUAAUGUUUUGAGCUGUAGACAAA